AUGGACCGUGCGCUGGCCACACGGUCCGGGAGCCAUGUGUCGAGUGCUGGAAUUGGAAAGCAAGAUUUGAGGUCUCGUCGGGCCGUUGUGGGACCCGACUCUCCAAAUUUAAGGCUGCAAGGGGAAUUUCGGAAUCACAUUCCAGGCAAUGACGAGUACCUGGAUGAACGCCACAAGAACGUCACACUCUGA